GUGAGGCUUAACACGGCGCAGUGACGGAUGCUGUGUUUCCAGUGGGCUCUCGCUCUGUCCCUUUUCCCCCCUGCUCAGCUUGUUGCCCCGGACGGACGGGGCUGUUCCUCUGCCUCUGCGAGGCGAUUGGAGAUUCCGGGCCGGGCCUCGGAGCCUCCCCCCUCUGACACACUUUCAGUGCCGCACCACAAGCAUGACUUUCACUGCUCUCCAAGGGCGGGUGGUGCACCUUCAGGGAAAACAAACAAAUAUGGAGGCUGCUGGAGUGCAAGUGUACAGACCCUGUUCAUUUGACUGCUUCAGCCCCUCGGACCAACAUGUCUCCUCCAAGCCCCCGCUGAGCUCCUCGGCCAUGGCGUCGCGCAUCCUGCUGCGGCAGCAGCUCAUGCGRGAGCAGCUUCAGGAGCAGGAGCGGCGCGAGCAGCAGAGGCAGCAGUCCUCCCAGUACCCACAGACCACGGCGGCCCAGACCCCCGCCAUCAACGUCAGCGUCCCCGUCAGUUUACCACCUGCUGCACAGGUGCCCAUGGAGGUGCUUAAGGUUCAGACUCAUUUGGAAAACCCAACCAAGUACCACAUCCAGCGCUCCCAGCAGCAGCAGGUGAAGCGGUACCUGGGAAGGCUUGGCUCCCAGGCAUUGAGCUUGCCCUGCCCCAACCAGUCCUCUGACCACGGGGGCAUGCCGCCGGGGCCGGGCAACAGCGCCCCCAACAGCCCUAUGGCCUUACUGACCCUGAACUCAAACUGCGAGAAAGAGAUGGAUGAUGUCAUUGAUGACAUUAUUAGUCUGGAGUCUAGUUAUAGUGACGAUAUCCUCGGUAUGAUGGACCCAGGACUUCAGAUGGCGAACACGAUGCCCGUGCCUCCGAACCUCAUGGACAUGUACGGUAAUCAAGGUAUGCCCCCACAAGGUCUGUCCAUCAGCAACUCCUGCCCUGCCAACCUGUCCAACAUCAAAAGAGAAUACUCAGUGUCCCAAUCUCCAGCCAUCAUGCAUAUGCUGGACAAAUCUGGAUCCUGUGGCAAAUUUGACACGUAUCAAAGACCUGAAGGUUUCCCUGUGGAAGCAGAGGUAAGAGCCAUGGCUAAGGAGCGGCAGAAGAAAGACAACCACAAUUUGAUUGAGAGACGACGACGGUUUAACAUCAACGAUCGAAUCAAAGAACUGGGAACAUUGAUUCCAAAAUCCAAUGACCCAGACAUGCGCUGGAACAAAGGCACCAUCCUGAAGGCGUCGGUGGACUACAUCCGGAAGCUGCAGAGAGAACAAUACCGAGCCAAGGAGCUGGAGAGUCGGCAGAAAAAGCUUGAGCACGCCAACCGGCAUUUGAUGCUGAGAAUACAG